ACCCGAUCUGGGGAGCUAAGAGCACCAUAUAUAGCCAAAAAUAUUCUGCUUUCAGUGUUGGAAGGUCAGAGAGACUUGAGAAUCAUGAAAAUCACGCUGUCCCUUCCUGGGCUGGUAGUACUGUCUCUCUCAGUUUGCUGCUACUCUUAUGAGCCAAGUACUUUACCUGACACAAGAGACAAACAGUUUAUUGAGGAGUGUGUGAUGGCUCAUAACCAUUUUCGGUCCCGGGUGAAUCCAGCAGCUAGCAACAUGCUUCACAUGAGCUGGGACCCAGAUUUGGCAAAGACAGCCAGAGCAUGGGCAAAGACAUGUCAGUUUAAACAUAAUAUCUAUCUCAAGAUACCCGGGAAGGCCCACCCUACCUUUACUUCUGUUGGAGAAAACAUCUGGACUGGCUCUUUUCACAUGUUUUCUGUGACUGCGGCCCUCACUAGUUGGUACGAUGAGUUCAAAGACUAUGCCUAUGGCACUAACACUUGCACCAAUGUGUGUGGCCAUUACACUCAGAUUGCUUGGGCGACAAGUUACAAAGUUGGCUGCGCUGUUCACUUUUGCCCUACGGUAACAGGGUUUCGUGGACCUAAUGCAGCACAUUUUAUUUGCAACUAUGGGCCAGCUGGGAAUUAUCCAACAUGGCCUUAUGACACAGGAGCAGCAUGCAGCAAAUGCAAGAGUGAGAAGUGUGUGGAUAAGCUAUGUGAAAAUCCAGAGCGUGAGAAAGUCAUAAGUAACUCUGGGUGGUAUCCAGACUGGGACAGGUAUCCAGACCAGGAUAUGUGUGACCAAUACUGUAUCACUGUUCUAGUUUUAAGGCCAUUGUUAAUUAUAUUGACGUUUGGAGCUGUUUGGUUUCUACAGAAGCAUUAUCCCCAAGUAUCUAUAAGUGACUAAUACGCAUUUGAAAGAUUGCAGGAACACUUCAGGCUAUUCUACUCCUAUUCCAUGUGCAGAUUUAUUAGUGCGGGGAAAUCUAACACAAUGAUCUGUAGAAUGAGGCCUAAUCUAUUAAUGAUGAGUGCAUUUAUCUAUUUUCAAAUCACAUGCAAAAAAAGCCACACACAACCCUUAAUGCAAGGUAACUGUCUGAAUAUAGGUGAAGGCUCACUGUAAUUCGCUUGGUUAAGGGCCAGAGUUAAGGGCAUGCAUUCACCCUUCUCUUUUACGUGCUCUGUUAUUUGAGGACCUAAUGUCAUCAAGCUUGUGCAGUUAACAUGUAGCUAAUUGCUGCUGUCCUUACCCAAAGGAGUAGUCCAAUAGAAGUCAAUUGGACUACUUAUGUGAGUAAAUGAAGCAAGAUUUGGCCUGUAACCAUUUGCAUUUGACCCUGUAGGUGUUUAGUUUUUGUUUAAAUGUUUGAGGGGAUGAUGAGAAGAGUCACAAGUUCCUUAGCUAGCAGGCACCCUCAGUGCAGCCACAGGCCAUCUGGUGCCCAUCCACAUCCUCCUGCUCCUCAGUCAUAUGUACAUUUCUUGACAGGCACCAACUAGUGACAGGCGACUAGUGUUUGUUAGUACUGCAGGCUGAGCACCGGAUAUACCUGCACAUUUAUUGAAAUGUGCAUUCCCUCCUAGAGCAUGUGAAGUGUAAACAUUUGUAAUUGUAAAGCUACUGAUUAGAUUUUCUUCACUUAGAUCUUUUGAUUAGAUUGUGAGCUCUUUGAGACAAGGACUGGGUGGAAAGCACCUAGCCUGUUGUGGGUACUACCAUAUUAUACCAGAAUAUAAAGAACAAUAGGCUCAUGCUUUUUAGAGUUUAAUGAAGUCUAAAAGCAAGUCAAAUAGAAGAAAAUACUUCAAACUUUCAUUAAAAGUUACCUAUUUCACUUUAUGCAAUGUGCAUCCUAAUUCAGUAGUUACAGAGCCUAAACAAUGUUUACAUACAAGGGGCCCAAUCCUGCAAACACUUAGGCAUGUGAGUAGCUUUGCUUAUGUGAACAAUCCCAUUAGUUUAACUGAUUACUUGUGAGAAUGAUGUUACUUAUAUGCAUUAAGUAUUUGCAGGCCUGGGCCUCACUCCGAGGCCCCCAAAAUAAAAGACAAGGCCCUCACUUGCUCAUCUCACCUCUUCCAAAACAUUUGGGUGAAAAUCCAAGAAGGAUUUUCAGCAUCCCCUCUAGGGUGACCAGAUGUCUCAUUUUUUAUAAAGGGACAGUCCCAUUUUUGGGGACUUUUUCUUAUAUAGGCACCUAUUAUCCCCCACCCCCUGUUCUGUUUUUUCAUAGUUGCUAUCUGGUCACCCUACCUGUGACAAAUCCUGGGGCUCUGUCAAAGAGAGCAGGACUGUGCGAUGAUUUGGGGAAUCUAUGUGCAAACUGUUUGGUGCUAUGCACAGUCUGUAAGCCCUUAUGUAGCAAUGACGAAGCCAAGUCAGUCAGUCUGUUCCCGUGGAGCGCCCCCAACGGGGCUGUCCACGUCUAUUUAUUAUAAGUGGUUACAUAAAUCAUGCUAUUAUACGCAUGUACAAACUCAAGCCAACGUCUCGCCCCCUCUCCUGGUUGGUGCUUUAUGCACUGUGUACUCCAGAGAUAUACACCUAGUCAGCGCUUAAUCUGUGUGUCUCCUGACCGGAAGUGUGGCGGGGUGCGGGAACCACUUCAGCCACUCUAAAUCCGGGGGCGGUUUUCCUACCCCCUUAGCGCUUAAGAAGUGUAAAGUUCCUACACCCUUACGAUUAUUUUAAACUGUAUUCUUACUGCAUACUCCUUGGGCUAAACACAAAGGGAAUGGUGCCUGACUAUGUCUUUGAAUGAGAUUCUGAUGGUUUAAUCAGCAAUGAGUAGGCAGAGCCUGAACAUAACUGAACAACUGAAGCCUUGGAUAACCAGCUCUCUUCAGUUCUCUGGAGGACAGGAAAAUCCCCAGGAGCGAACCAAAGAGACUCAGGUGUUGAUAAAGCCCUUUAAAGACUGGAGGGCUGAGAAGUUGGGGAAGUCCUCACAGAAGGACUGACAGAGGAACAGGUUUCCACACAGGCGGGGAAACCUUUUUGACUGCUGGUCAGGCCAGGAGCUGGAGGACUCUGACUGGAGGGGUCAUAAAGAGAGAGAGAGAGAGACACACACACACACUUACUUCAUAUUCUCCCUGUGAUUGUAUGAACACCUGAGAACCAACUGAGAUCUCAGCAGGGCUUUUUAGCAUCAGUCAACAUCUUUGGACUUAGACUCCAGAACUCAAUUAGUCAGAUUCAGGCCUUGGCUCUGUUCAUACAAGUGACUUUACUUGGAUGGACCCCAUAACCCAUAAGGAGCCCGGUGCAGGUGUUUGCUUGAGUGAAGUCAAAUGCAGAUGUGUCCUUUAUGAGCAGAUUUAAUUAUAUGCAGCCCAGCUCCUACUACUCUAAAAGAGGAGCACAUGAGGUCUGCUGCUGCUUUGUGGGAAGUGAAGUUAAACACAGCAAGGAUUUCUCCUUCUUGACAUAGCUUACUUUGUGCUCUAUUUUAUUACAUUUCCUUAUUCUCCCGGGACGAGUUUAAAAAGUUUAGAACAUUUACCUGACAUUUCAACAUACACUCAAACAUCUCUAUGGAAAUUCCCAUGCAAAAAGCUUAAUUAAGAUGGUUGUAAAUCAUAAAUUUAGAUGCAAGACCCCAAACACAGAAUUUAUCAAAUGGUUGAAAGCCAAGACAUUUAGAAGUUAAGGAUCAAUAAACAAACUCUGACCAGAUGACACCCAUUCAAUGGCCACAAAAAACCCAAACUCCAUUUCCAGUCAUCCCAGUAAGUCACCAUAACUCAUCCACAUUUUCAUUAUGAACUACAAAUCCUCACCUUCUGUACAAUAAAUGCAAAUCACAUACAGGCCAUCAGCCUUAAACACAGCCCCUUUUCUGCUUCAGCUGCUCUGUAUGUCUAGGCCAUAAACAUUAUAAUCCAUUCAGUUAGGAAUCAGACAGCCGAAACCACUGUAGAUUGCUG